AUGGUUUCAACAAAUUCUGGGAUCGUUCUCGCAAACAUUGACGCAUCUCUGGUUGACUUUUACUUUGCGUUUUUACUAGUUAUUGUGUUUUUGUCUUUGAUCGGCAAUAUCACGAUUCUAACCGCUCUAUAUACGCAGAACACGAACCUUAGAACAUACAUGGAUGUGUUUAUUGCAAACAUGGCAGUAUCGGACAUCGUAUCAUCGUUUUCUGCCACAUUUACCCUAAACAAUGCUAAAUUACAAUGGAGCAACGGAAUUGGAACCUGUAAACUUUGCUAUUUCCUUGUUCAUGCGUCGUAUGCAGUUAUCAUGUUCACACUUUGCUUGGCAAGUAUAGAUCGCUUUUAUGGAAUUUGUCUUCCGAUAAGACACAGGCAGGUUUUUCUUAUCAAGAAACCUGCCUUUGCCAUCGCAUUAAUAUGGAUUUUAUCGUGUCUGGUGUUUGCACCAUAUAUUUACGCUUACGAUGUUAAAGAAUUCAAGUUUCCCAACGGAGAAGCAAAGCAAAUAUGUACGCAAACUUGGAAUUCUGACAUUGAACAAACAUUCUAUUCAGUGGUAGUGUUAUUACUGCUAUUUCUAACGCCAAUAACUUUGUUUAUCUUCGUUUUUGUCAAAGUUUUCCAUAAAUUACAAGAACCAAGAAGCACUGCGUCAGGAGGUAAUGCAAUUCUUCACAAAAAGCGUCGAAAAAUGACGUGGAUGCUUUUAUUAAUGAUAGUUUUGCAGUACAUUUGCUCCGGUCCCCUCAUUUUGGCUCACACCUUACACGUGUUCGGUCAAACUUCAGGUGAUUAUUUCAACAUUUGGCUAAUACUCGAGCUUCUUCGUUUUUUGCGUUGUGGUACUUAUCCUCUACUCUACCUCACAAUGUAUCAGAAUUUCCGCACAAGUUUAAAAGCGCUGUUUUCAUCGUGCAGUUCAACAGGAUCGCACGCAACUACGAUGACCUCACCGGCACUAGGCAGGAGCCUUUCGCAGUCACCUUCAGUCCCAGUGUCCUCUGCGGCCUCUGAUCGGUCAAUGUCGUACGUUCCAGAGGAUGAGAUGUACACGAGUAUGUAA